AUGAACGCAAUAGUACCAACAUGGGUCUCCGAAGUGUCUGAAGCCGCGCAUCGCGGUCGCUCAUUCUCUGUGAUCUGUUUGGCAAACUAUACCGGGAUAGCCUUUGCUUACUGGCUAUCCUUUGAUCUGAGCUUCAUAGACGGCGGCAUGGGCCCCACACGCUGGUGUCUACCAUUUGCUAUCAAUGGCAUCUCUCCGCUAUUUCUCUUCUCCCUGCUACCGGUCCUCCCGGAGUUCUGCGAAAAAGAGAUCAAGGAGCUCGAAACCCUUUCGGCUGAGAUCAAAAGAUCUUUCGGUCAUCAGCAUAAGGUGCGGAGGGCUUGGGCCUCGAUGAGAUUUGUUGUAAAGAAGCAAGACUUGGAGGAUAUCCGAUGUCGGCUCAGAGACGCGAAAAUGGACUUGCAGUUCGCGAUAUCGAGUAACUCGUGGCAGUUAGAGUAUAGACCGACGCGCCUUGGGUGGUAG